AUGUACUCGCCAGACAAGUCGCUAUACACGCCAGUCUCGCUCGCAGACACCCUCUCUGGCCCACAACGCACCUACCGCUCCGCCGCGACUGCUCGACUCCCCUCAUCAAACAGCGUCUCAAGCGGCUUCACAGCGACCGUAUCGGCCAAGGACCGCUCGCAGGCGGCAAAGAAGGAGGCUGCGGCUAUGUGCGAGGUGCUUGGGCUCAGCGGAGGAGGAGUAGCAGACGUCGAGGCGACGCCAAAGCCUGGACGGUCUCUCAACUCGGCGAGGACGGCGGACAGGGAGGCGAGAGGACCGUCGGUUGAGGUAGUCUCGCUUCGUUCGACACUGGAGGGUAAGGAGCAGGAGAUUGCGGCGAUGCGGAAAGAGCUGGCGGCUCUCACAAGAGAGAAACGGGACCUCCUGGCCAAGGUGGACAGGCUGGAGAAGGCAGCGGCGUCGGACAAGGCGGGACUCGAUGUCAAGCAGAUGGAGAGGCUCGAGAAGGAGUUCGAGGUGCAGGAGCAGAUGCUUGCGGGAUUCCAGAAGGAGAACGAGAAGCAGGCGCUCGAAGUCGAACGGCUCAAGACUCGGCAACGGCGGAUGGGCGAGUUCCUCGAACGGGCGUACGGACCGCACUGGCAGGACGAACUCGGUUUGGCGGAUCGACCAGGCGUUGCGAGCGCUUCUCCCGCCGUCCGCGGCAAGCUCGCAGCUCGAGCGAGUCUACUCGGCACCCCAGUCGGUCUCGGCGCACUCGGCCGCUCGACGAGCUUCUCCACCUCGCUCGCCCAAUCCGCCAUUCCCGAAUCGCCAACCGACGAAGAGCCACCAUCUCCCCGCGCCACAGCGUCUGCCAUUGUGCCGUCGCCGUCGUCACCCAUAGCGACAGCUCACAGCCCAUUGACGGCGCCGUCGACAUCGCUCGUACCCGCCCUCAACCCCUCCGCUCUCUCCCAACACCUCGACUCGGUUCAGGCACUUUUGCGGUCGAUGGAGGCGCGACUCGUCGCUCGAGACGUCGAACUGGCAGCGGUAGAGAAGCGGGCGAAGGAGGAGCGGGCAAGGGCGCACGAGAAGGCAGAGGAACUGGAGAGGCAGGUGCGAGAGGCGCAGGGCGCGCGGCCGGUCGGCAGUCUUGCUGCGGCAGCCUGA